AAAGAGUUGGGGUCUUGCCCCUUCCCGCCAAAAGCCCUUCCCGUACUCAUAAAUUCCGGCCUGCAAAAACGAGGGAAAAAUGGCGUCAUCCUUUCUCCGUCCCUCCGUUGCCACCAACCCACUCCUUUCUGGGCGAAGCUCCCGAGCAAUCGCGAUGGCUUCCCAGAGGACCGUCUUCGAUCUCCUGAGCCCUCGAAAGAAGCCCAAAACCUCUCCUUCUCCCUUAGCUGCAACGGAUGGAGCCUCGCUUCCAUCCCAUCCGCUCCCCACAAACAAUCGUACUGCUAGUCCUAACCUACCCACCCUGCCGAUCGGCCCCUCAUCUUUGCGCGGUUCCGUAGUCUCCGGUGACAGCAGCCCCUGUUCUGCUGGAGACCGAACCACCUCCCUCAAUCCUUCCUCUGGUUGCUUUUCCGUCGUGGAUGAGAUUCGGGAGAAGGGUAGUGACGGAAACGUAAUUCCGAGUUCUAGUGUUGCUUCUGAUUCUGGGUCGUUUUCUUCUGAUGAUAAGGUUAGAGAUCUCAACCCUAGCUGUGUGACUGUUGCUGACGUUGGCGGCUUGAUAUCUAGAGACUCCAACGUUGCCGUUCCUUCAUCGAUGGCUGUUGAUCAUACUAGGGAUCCGAGUUUCAUUGAAGCUUUGGUUCAGAAUCGGAGUGCCGAUUCGUUGGUUGAUAGCGCUGAUGAUGAUGGUUGCCUUUCUGUGGCCCAGGGUUCGGCGUCUGUUUGUGAAAAUCAGAAGGGAGACCUUCCGUUGGAUGGAAAAACGAUCGAGAACCCUAGCUGUGAUUUUUUGAUCGAAAAUGAUGGUGGUUUUGGUUUGGGAGCGGGGGCCUCUACACCGAUUUCGGAUGAUCAGAGAAAAAGAAUUGACAUAAAUAGGUCGUUUGCAAGAGCCAAGCGGAAUUUGAACAUCUGUAUGGAACGAGUUUCAAAAGCUCGAGCCGAAGGAUUGGGUUCUUUCAAGCUGGAAGAGCUUCUGGUAGAGGAAACGUGGUUGGAGGCUUUGCCUGGAGAGUUUCAGAAGCCCUACAUGAAGAACUUGUGUAGGUUCGUUGAGUGUGAGGUGGGCGGGAAACUCGCCAUUUAUCCACCACCAUUUCUGAUCUUUAAUGCCCUGAACUCAACGUCGUUUGACAGAGUAAAAGUCGUGAUCAUUGGUCAGGAUCCUUAUCAUGGACCUGGUCAAGCAAUGGGCCUUUCUUUCUCUGUUCCACAAGGUGUCAAGAUGCCAUCAAGUCUGCUUAAUAUAUUCAAGGAACUCCAAGCAGAUGUUGGCUGCUCCAUCCCAUCACAUGGGAAUCUUGAGCACUGGGCCAUCCAGGGGGUGCUUUUGCUCAAUGCUGUGUUGACGGUGAGACAGCAUCAGGCUAACUCCCAUGCAAAAAGAGGGUGGGAAGUUUUCACUGAUGCUGUAAUUCAAACCAUUUCUCGAAAGAAAAGAGGUGUUGUCUUUCUUCUCUGGGGAAACUCUGCUCAGGAAAAGACAAGAUUGAUUGACGUGUCAAAGCACCAUGUUCUGAAAUCUGCUCAUCCUUCUGGCCUGUCAGCACAUCGCGGUUUUUUUGGAUGCAGGCACUUUUCUCGGACAAAUCAGAUUUUAGAAGCAGCAGGACUUCUCCCAAUUGAUUGGCAGUUAUAAUGCCAACUUAUAAUGUGAUAUUUGGAGUAUUUUAUGAGCCACCAGUUUUUGGAGAAUGGAAGUUGUAGAGGUUGGUUGGAUGUUUGAUUUGAUAUAAGGAAUUACAGUAACCAAGGACCUUCCUUAUUUUACUACUUAGAUUGCAUUUAUUCCUAAGUUCUAUGGGCUACUCAACUUAGUUCCGUUGCGUGGAUGAAGAUUUGUACAGUGAAAUGUCUGGACAAGCCAUACAGUUUUUCUUUAGGAUUCGAUCACAAAAUAACAAUACACUUUUUCUGCGUAGGGGAACUUUGGGUCAGCCUUCAUUCUCCAGAUCGCAGAUAAUGUAUCACGCGGUUCUUAAAUGUAUCAUGCGGUUCUUAAUGUAAUUCGUGCGGUUCUGGGAAAUCCUCUAAUUUUCUGGUGGCUACAAUCUUUACAAGGCAAUACAAGAGUAUCUAGCAUCUGUA